GGCAUACAUUCGAUUCAGCACAUGGAGAGUUUGCGCAUCACGAGCGAGCCCCACAGUGUCGAGUGACGAAUUGAUUCACACUCGCACACAAAACCAUUCAUGCAUCAUCGCCGCACUUGCGGACAACAAAAGUGGCACUCCACAUCUCUAUCACCACCACCGCUUGCUACGGCACCAACAACAAACACACCGCGCACACCAACAAAACACGACUCACUCAACUCAUUCACCAGCCUAGAUAAAUGCUUGACGUCACUCGACCACCUCCCAUUUGAUCUCUCCCCCGCCCCCAUCACACUCAUCGAUGAUGCGGUAUUCCCUCUCCUUGUACCGAUCAGGCAUGCUGGCUAUCGCUGCUAUCGUGUCCCUAAACACUUGCAUGCGCAAGUCGAUGUCCCUCGGCAGCUUCACCGUGACUUGCUGGUAGUCGUGGGGAAAUGCGUCGUGUGUGCCGGCUGCCAGGGCGUCCAGCAGCACACAGUAUGGAAAGGCGGCCUCAAGCAUCACCCAAGGAAAUGACGGCAAGGAGGCCAAGCCCUGCAGCAAGGGGAGGGAAGGAGAGGAACGAAACAUCCGCCGGCACCUGCCUGCGUACCUCGGUGCUGACGGUUCCCUUCAACACGGCAAUGAUCGCCUUCGUCUGGUGUUCCAUCACUUUGAAGAUGCCGGGCGCAAGCGCCGGCAGCCCCAGGAAGAAGAGAGUGGAAGGAUGCUUCCUGUGGAAGAGGUGCACGUAGAGGGCAUCACGGACGCUCUCGGGGCGGUUCAUCGUGCGCGAGGGGAAGAGACCGCUCGACUCCGAAAAGAAGGGAAAAUCUGGACGUAUGAUGUCACAGCCAACCAGAAUCGACAAUGCACACGACACGCACAAACGCCCUUCGUUGGCUCCUGCUAACCGUAUUUGUAUCCCGUCGCGUAGAUGACGGCAUCAAUCGUGCCGUCGCUUGUCACGAGCUCGUUGGCAGCCCCCUUCACCAGGUACCGCCCGUCGCUCUCCAGCCCUUCCAGGCGGCCGACAGGCUUCACGUUGGGGGGCAGCUUGCUCCUCACUGUCGCGGCCGUGUCAGGGUCGCUGAAGGAGGUACCCGACCAGACCACCAUCUUGGCGACGCUUGCAAUCUCCGAAACCAAAUCUGAAUGCAUGCACACACUGCUUCGGUGUCAGACAGCGCCUCUCCCUCUGUUGACUGACCUAGGCCACUUGGUCCCCCGCCGACGAUCAACACGCGCUGAUUGGCGAAGGGUGACGGCGAACGGUACUCCUUCGAGUGGAUGGCAAAACCACUAAAGUCGUUCUUGAUCAGCUGGGGAUAGUUUGGGACAUUAUAGUGCCCAUUGGCCACCACCAGUGCUUCGAAGAGCUCCUCCCCGUUGAUGAGCCAGCCCCCCCUUGCACCAUCGCCAUGCGCCGACACGUAUUCUGCCGACCGCACGGGUGUGGAGAGGGCGAUCACCUCAUGGAGGUUGAAGCGCUCGGCGUAUGAGUGAAGGUAUCUGAGGACGUCCUGGUGAUUCAUGAAGGAAGGCAGGGACGGAGAGAAUGGGAAAUCGCUAUAGGCCAUGAUUUGCUUGGGCAGAUUGGUGCGCAGACUCUUGUACAGAGCGCCGCGCGUGUCGCUGUAGACCCACAGGCCCCCGAUCUUGUCCGUCGCUUCGAACACCUUGACGCGGAAGCCCUCAUCACGCAGCAGCUUGGCGGCAACCAGACCACCUGAUGACACGUCGCAUGAAUCAUAGACAGAUGAAGGUGCGUGUGCCAUCCUUCUCCCUCCCGCCCAUCUUAACCUGCCCCUGCUCCGAUGACCGCCACCCUCUUGCUGUCGCCUUGGCACAUGGAUGACGCUCACAGCUCUUCGACGGGCAGCGGCUAGGUGCGUCUUCUGCUUCAGAUUGAA